AUGACGGAUUACGCUGCUGCAUCAGGAUGCACCUCGACUGAAGAAAAAGUUGAGAUUGUGAUUGCUGCACCUAAUAAAAAAAUGGAUGAGUUUAAUGUGAACGUACCGGUGGACUCUUCCACCAUAGAAGAAGAAACAGUGCUGCUGCUGCAAAAUUCUAUCUCAUUCUCAAAAGAAAUUGAAAGGAGAAGUAGGCACUUCAAAUUAUAUAGGGCUGCAUUGGAAGGUGAUUGGAACACUGCUGAAAAAAUUUACAAGGAAGAGGGUAUUGAUAUACCAGUUAAGCUAUCAAAGGAUGGGGGCACCGCUCUCCAUAUUUCAGCUGCAGCAGGGCACACUGGUUUUGUGAAAAAGCUGCUUGAAAAAAUGAAUAAAGAGGAUUUAGCCGUAAAAAAUAAUGCUGGCAAUACGGCUUUUUUUCUUGCAGUUGCGUCCGAGAGGGUUGAAAUUGUCAGGGCUAUGAUGAAGAAGAAUGAAGACAUAGUAAAGAUUAGAGGAGACAAUGAUAUUUUACCGCUUCACAAGGCAGCUCUAAUUGGAGACAAAGAGAUGGUAGAAUACCUUUAUGAAGCCACUGCAGAUGUGAUAUUAGAUCAUGAUAAUGAUCGCAUCGAAUUGCUUAUCAGCCUCAUAAACCGCAGCUGGUAUGAUGCUGCAUUGCAUUUGGUGGAGAGGCACCCACAGAUAGCUCUUGCACGUGAUAAAAAUGAGGAGACGGCAUUGCAUCGCUUGGCACGAUUACCUGUAUUGACGCGUGUUUUAGACCUCAACUCCAUUGAAGUUUGCAAGAAAUCAGCCAUCUACUUGUAUAAUGAAGUAAAAAGAGACGUGACAAAGAGAUGUCAGUCAAUGCUUGGGAUGCAGCGGGUGAAGGAGAGGAAUAAGCUGAGCUUGAGGGAUCAAAUGAAUGAGAGGGAGCAACAGAUGAAUGAGAAAAGGCAAAGCAGGACGAAAAGACUGGGCUGGAGGCAUCGGGUUUAUGAGGCGAAAAGACAAGUGCAUUAUACUGGUCAAGAGAUUCCCGAUUCAGCUUUUGAACUAGUCGAAUGUCUUUGGAAACAAGUUAUGCUUUUGGUUUUGGAUGACUGCCAGAUUCUGGAAAUUAUUAGAAAACCUAGGUCUCUAAUAUUCGAGGCUGCAAAACAAGGAAACCUUCGGUUUCUAGACAUAAUUUUCUCCAGAUAUCCUGACCUAAUGUUUGAAGUUGACGAAAAUAAUUACACCAUACUUCAUGUUGCUGUUAUGUAUCGUCGCCGUAACAUUUUCAAUGCCAUGUAUCACAUCGGUCCAUUUAAGGAUUUGGUAGUUCGAGACACAGAUAAAGAAGGGAACAAUAUCUUGCAUUUGGCUGCAAAGUUGCCACCAGUAGAUACACCCGAUAUUGAAUCGCCGGCAUUACCUUAUAAAAUGGAAAGGGAGAUGUGGUGGUUCGAGGGAGUGAAGAGAAUUUUACAUCCAGUGGUAGCUGAAGCUAAAAAUAAUGAAGAGAAAACUCCUAGAGCUUUAUUUACUGAACAACACAAAGAGUUAAGGGAAAAAGCUGAAAAAUGGACCAAGGACAAUGCAACUGCCUGCAUCAUGGCUUCAACAAUUAUUACCACUGUGGUUUUCGCUGCACUUUUCACUGUACCAGGUGGCACCAACGAGAAUAUAGGGACUCCAAUUUUUUUGCGAAGAGCUUCCUUCAUAGUUUUUGCAAUAUCAGAUACUAUAGCAUUACUAUUGUCCUCUUCCUCCAUAACGAUGUUCGUAUCGGUUAUCUCUUCCCGAUGUGAAGAAGCAGAUUUCCACUUGCGGCGGAUAACUAAUGAUUUGGCUCUUGGCGUAAACUUACUUCUAUACUCUGUAGAAGCAAUGAUGGUAGUGUUUUCUGCAACUAUGUUCAUUGUCUUCAAAGAUGGGUGGCUAUGGGUGCCUGUUCUUUUAACGGUAAUGGUUGUUUUCUCAACGCUAAUGAACGUGGGUAAAACUUGGACUGUCGGUGGAGAAGUGUUACAUUACGUCAAUGAAAACAGUGAAUAUAUUGAGGACGGUGUGCUAGCUGCAUUCAAACUUCAUUCCGGAAGAGGCACAGGCUUCGUAGUUAAAGGAAUGACUGAAACAUCAAGACUGAUGGAAGUUGUUUUUUGA